AUGUGCGGCAGGUACUCAUUAGCACUUCCCCCUUCUUUAAUUCGCCGGAUGCUGGAAGACGAUGGCAUUCAAAUAACGGAUUCUCCAAAUGACCAAGGCCCUGGAGCGCCUCAUCAGACAUAUAACUUCUCGCCUGGGUCUAACGGCAUUGUAUGUAUCGCUGACACUCUGGACCGUGGCACAGGACCAGGAUGCAACGAGUCCCAAAGCCCAGAGAAAGAGAGCUCCCUCCAUGAAACGGCCAGCACAGAGGAGCUUGCUGUUAGUGCAGCGAAGUACUCGUACAGACUCCAGUCAAUGAAAUGGGGGAUUAUACCCUCAUGGUCGAAGAAGAAAGCUGCUUCUGUCCCGAAGGCUAUCAACUGUAGAGAUGAUUCUCUCAGGACCCACGGCGGUAUGUGGCAGAGCAUGAAAGACCGCAAGAGAUGUGUUGUAGUGGCGCAGGGGUUCUUCGAGUGGCUUAAUGUGAGCACGAAAGACAAAGUCCCGCAUUACAUAAAGCGAAGAGACGGCCGUUUGAUGUGUUUUGCUGGCCUCUGGGACUCCAGUGGCAGCGAAGACACCGGAGAUAAGACUUAUACUUACGCCAUAAUUACAACCAACUCGAACCAACAGCUUCGAUUCUUGCAUGACCGGAUGCCAGUCAUUCUGGAUGCAAAUUCCAAGGGCUUUCAAGAUUGGCUACACCCUCCUCAGCGUCGGUGGAACAAUGAUCUACAAUCCUUGCUCAAGCCUUACCAAGGAGAUUUAGACAUCUAUCCAGUAAGCAAAGAUGUUGGAAAGGUUGGCCGCAGCUCGCCAUCUUUCAUCAUGCCGUUAGACGAUAAGGGAAAAGAGUAUGAUAUAGCUCGGUUUUUCACAAACGCCUCACAGACUCCAGACACAGGAAAAGAAAAGCACGAAGUAGCAGGAAAGGUCGAGAAGUAUGAGAGCAACGAUGACCAACAUGUUAACCAGGGCGACGCCAGGCCCAUGUUGGGUAAGAGAACAGACGUCCAUGAGAAACACAAGAUUCCAAGCGAUUACAGCCCUCCCGCGAAGAGGAGCCGCAUCAAAUCGGGCCCUGCCGGUGUUCAGAAGAUUACGGAUUUCUUUGGCUGA